AUGGAGACGAAGAUAGAUGGGUUCGUGCGACAAUUUAUGCGAGAGAAGGAAAUCUGCAAGCCAAACAUCUCGGAACUUCGCAGUAAGCUACAGAAACCACUGAGGCCGAUCUGGGCGACACAACUAUCAUCUCUUCCGGACUCAGCCCCUUCUUUUCCGGACUUUCAUCCCAUCGUGCUCUGCACAGCUUCACGACGUGUGCGCGGUGCCGAGGCAUCAGAGAGCGGGUACAUCCAGGGUGCUGCUGACGACCACGAAGCAUGGUCGCACGGGCUGACUCCGACACUGUUCUGGAAGCAUAAAGAUGUUUUGAUGAAAACGAGUGAGGAAGACGUGCCUGCCCUGAUCGAAAGACUACUCAAAGGAGAGGGGGGUAGCAGUGCAGUCGCAAGUUUGAUCAAGCCGACAUCGAAACUGCACAUCUCAGCUAGUGACCAGAUGAACCUUGCGGGUUUCGAGGUGGUGGUAAGCUGCACACCGGAGCCGUUCGCCACCUCAAGGCUCAAGGAAGCUGGAGUCAAGCGCUAUCUCCAUCUCAAAUGUCAAGUAGGCAAACUAGGAUCGCGUGAUCUGCGUACUCAGCUGCCUCAGCUUCUACAAUUUUUCUCGUCAUUUGAAACACCGACGACCGGAAACAUCCUUGUAUGCUGUCCAACAGGCAAAGAUCUUUCUGUUGGUACAGCUCUGGCCGUAUUAUGUCUUUACACCAAUGAAGACGGAAAGAUAGAUACAAGCAAGUCAAGAGAAGCAAAGGAUAUCGGAAAAGUCUUUAUCAAGCAAAGACUGAGCUGGAUAACGACAAGCAACCCAGCGCUGAACCCGAGUCGUACUACACUCCAAAGUGUCAAUGCCGUUUUACUAGAGAGCCAAGAUCCAAAGGCCUACUCGCAGACCAAGAAUAAUGGCAUAGGUAAUGGUAGCUUUACUACAUCAAUACCAAUCAGAGAAACGAGGCAAUUACCACAACAACGAGAAGAUUUACAAACAGGAGAGGAAUCUCGAAACGAAAAGCCACAACAAAACUCGUCUUCAAUAGCCAAAAACAUCUUCGAGAGCCUGCGUAACUCGGCAAACACAUCAUGGAAUUUUCAACGCACGCUGCGCUCCUCAUUACCCACACAUCCUCCUGGCACCGUGGAAGGCAUAGCGACAUUCACGCCCUGCAACCUACCGGAUAACUCUCCACCAACGCUUCUUUACGCCGAAGAAGGUGAUUUCGUCACCGACACGGGGCUGAAGUUCACUGCGCGGAGGAAAUACGUUUAUCAACUCAAACCUAAGAAUGAUGAUACUGGGGGAGAAUACAUCGCAGUCCGCUUCUUCAACGACGAAAAGAUGCCACGAGCGGAGAUUGAAGAUGGUGUUGGAAAGGGUGGUGAAGGAAUAGGCGGGUUAUUUGUAGAGAUGGGUGACCUUGAGGCGGAUGGGCGUGAAAUGAAGGCGAAGAAUAAGGAAACACAUCUCUGUGCCAAGGACCUGUAUACGGCGAGUUGGAGGUUUGGCGAGGGUCUUGUUACAGGGGGCGCACAAGACAUUUGGUGGGAGGUACGCUAUGAUGUUAAAGGGCCCCAGAAGGACUACGUGGGCACUACGCGAUAUACUCUUGUUUGA